UGAGGACCUAGGGGUCCAGGAUUCCCUUUCACUGUGAGCUCAUGGCUUGCUUUUUCUCUGCAGUCUCCAACGAAGUGCCAGAGCACCCAUGCGUGUCCCCUGUCUCUAAUCAUGUCUAUGAGCGGCGGCUUAUUGAGAAGUACAUUGCGGAGAAUGGCACAGACCCCAUCAACAACCAGCCUCUCUCUGAGGAGCAGCUCAUUGAUAUCAAAGUGGCUCACCCCAUCCGGCCCAAGCCGCCCUCAGCCACCAGCAUCCCGGCCAUUCUGAAAGCCCUGCAGGAUGAGUGGGACGCGGUCAUGCUGCACAGCUUUACUCUGCGCCAGCAGCUGCAGACAACCCGCCAGGAGCUGUCACACGCCCUGUACCAGCACGAUGCCGCCUGCCGUGUCAUAGCCCGUCUCACCAAGGAAGUCACUGCUGCCCGAGAAGCUCUGGCUACCUUGAAACCGCAGGCUGGUCUCAUCGUGCCCCAGGCUGUGCCAAGCUCACAACCAAGUAUCAUGGGUGCAGGUGAGCCAAUGGAUCUGGGCGAGCUGGUGGGAAUGACCCCCGAGAUCAUACAGAAGCUUCAAGACAAGGCUACUGUGCUAACCACGGAGCGUAAGAAGAGAGGGAAGACUGUGCCUGAGGAGCUGGUGAAGCCAGAAGAGCUCAGCAAAUACCGGCAGGUGGCCUCCCACGUGGGACUGCACAGCGCCAGCAUUCCCGGGAUUCUGGCCCUGGACCUCUGCCCCGCUGAUACCAACAAGAUCCUCACUGGUGGGGCAGAUAAGAAUGUUGUCGUCUUUGACAAGAGCUCUGAGCAAAUCCUGGCCACCCUCAAAGGCCAUACCAAGAAGGUCACCAGUGUGGUAUUUCACCCUUCCCAGGACCUGGUGUUUUCUGCCUCCCCAGAUGCCACUAUCAGGAUUUGGUCAGUCCCGAACGCCUCCUGUGUUCAGGUUGUUCGGGCCCAUGAGAGCGCUGUGACAGGCCUCAGCCUCCAUGCCACUGGUGACUAUCUCCUGAGCUCCUCCGAUGACCAGUACUGGGCUUUCUCUGACAUCCAGACAGGGCGUGUACUCACCAAAGUGACAGAUGAGACCUCGGGCUGCUCUCUCACCUGUGCACAGUUCCAUCCUGAUGGACUCAUCUUCGGAACAGGAACCAUGGACUCUCAGAUCAAGAUUUGGGACUUGAAGGAGCGCACUAAUGUGGCCAAUUUCCCUGGCCACUCAGGCCCCAUCACCAGUAUCGCUUUCUCUGAGAACGGCUACUACCUGGCCACAGCAGCUGACGACUCCUCUGUCAAGCUCUGGGAUCUGCGCAAGCUUAAAAACUUUAAGACGUUGCAGCUGGAUAACAACUUUGAGGUGAAGUCACUGAUCUUCGACCAGAGUGGCACCUACUUGGCCCUUGGAGGCACGGAUGUCCAGAUCUACAUCUGCAAGCAGUGGACGGAGAUUCUCCACUUCACAGAGCACAGCGGCCUGACCACAGGGGUGGCCUUCGGGCACCACGCCAAGUUCAUCGCUUCGACGGGCAUGGACAGGAGCCUCAAGUUCUACAGCCUGUAGGCCCUGGCCUGCUGGUGGAAGCUGGGCUUCAUCUCAGUAGGGGUAGAGUUGGGGGUGGGGGGUGGGG